UGGGUGGAAGAACACAGUGAGGUGCCACCCCCUUCUCCCUUCCAACCCCACCAAAGCAAAUCCAGGACGGCGCAGGGAUCUCUGUUGUGCGUGUGUGCUGAGGCUGGGACUGUCACUCAUUCUCUGAUCAGCUCCUGCAAGCAGCUCGAGAGCAGCUGGCAAAAUCCAAUAAAAAAAUACCCCGAACCCAAUUUGAACAAAACAACAACAACAACAAUAAUAAUCCUUAAAAAAAAAAUAAAAAAUUUGCAUUGCAUCUGAAUGCCCAUCUGCACCAGCUCCUCUUGAAGGAAACCUAUCUAUAUAUAUUUUUGCAAGCAACUUCUCCAUCAGCAGAUUGCAAUGCUGCAAACUAAGGAUCUCAUCUGGGCUUUAUUUUUCCUCGGGACUGCAGCCUCUCUACAAGUGGAUAUCGUUCCGAGUCAGGGGGAGAUCAGCGUCGGAGAAUCCAAAUUCUUCUUAUGCCAAGUGACUGGGGAAGCCAAAGACAAAGACAUUUCCUGGUUCUCCCCCAAUGGCGAGAAGCUGACACCCAACCAGCAGCGCAUCUCGGUGGUGCGGAAUGAUGACUCCUCUUCCACACUCACCAUCUACAACACCAACAUUGAUGACGCUGGCAUCUACAAGUGCGUUGUCUCCAGCGCAGAGGAGGGCGAGUCCGAGGCCACGGUCAACGUGAAAAUCUUCCAGAAACUGAUGUUCAAGAAUGCCCCCACCCCCCAGGAGUUCAAGGAGGGGGAUGACGCUGUGAUCGUGUGCGAUGUGGUCAGCUCUCUGCCCCCCACCAUCUUCUGGAAGCAUAAGGGCAGAGACAUUGCCCUGAAAAAGGAUGUUCGAUUAGUCGUCCUGUCCAACAACUACCUGCAGAUCCGGGGGAUUAAGAAAACAGAUGAGGGGACGUACCGCUGUGAGGGCAGGAUCCUGGCUCGUGGGGAGAUCAACUUUAAGGAUAUUCAAGUCAUUGUGAAUGUGCCUCCUUCCGUCCGUGCCAGGCAGAGUACAGUGAAUGCCACUGCCAACCUCAGCCAGUCUGUCACCUUAAUAUGCGAUGCUGAUGGCUUUCCUGAGCCAACCAUGAGCUGGACAAAGGAUGGAGAGCAAAUAGAGCCGGGUGAUGACGAUGAGAAGUACGACUUCAACUACGACGGCUCCUGGCUGACCAUUAGGAAGGUGGAAAAGAGUGAUGAGGCAGAGUACAUCUGCAUCGCUGAGAACAAGGCUGGGGAGCAGGAUGCUACCAUCCACCUCAAAGUCUUUGCAAAACCUAAAAUCACCUACGUGGAGAACAAAACUGCCAUGGAGCUGGAGGACCAAAUCACGUUGACCUGCGAGGCUUCUGGAGACCCGAUCCCCUCCAUCACCUGGAAAACUUCUACCCGCAACAUCAGUAAUGAAGAAAAGACCCUGGAUGGACGCAUCGUGGUCCGCAGCCAUGCUCGGGUGUCUUCCCUCACACUUAAAGACAUUCAGUACACGGACGCUGGAGAAUACGUGUGCACAGCGAGCAACACCAUCGGACAGGACUCGCAGGCCAUGUACCUCGAAGUGCAGUAUGCCCCCAAACUUCAGGGCCCUGUGGCCGUCUACACCUGGGAGGGAAAUCAAGUCAACAUCACCUGCGAGGUGUUCGCCUACCCCAGUGCCGUCAUCUCCUGGUUUCGGGAUGGGCAGCUGCUUCCAAGCUCCAACUACAGCAACAUCAAGAUCUACAACACCCCGUCCGCCAGCUACCUGGAGGUGACACCGGACUCUGAGAACGACUUUGGGAACUAUAACUGCACUGCCGUGAACCGCAUUGGCCAGGAGUCCUCCGAGUUCAUCCUCGUGCAAGCAGAUACUCCGUCUUCUCCGUACAUUAACAGAGUGGAGCCCUACUCCAGCAGUGCCCAGGUGGAGUUCGAUGAGCCCGAGGCCACCGGCGGGGUGCCCAUCCUCAAGUACAAGGCAGAGUGGCGAGUGCUGGGCGAGGAGGAGUGGCGCUCCCGAUGGUACGAUGCCAAAGAAGCAAACAUGGAGGGCAUCAUCACCAUCACAGGCCUGAAACCAGAGACCACCUAUGUGGUGCGACUGUCCGCUGUCAAUGGCAAGGGUUUGGGGGAGAUCAGCGCAUUGUCAGAGUUCAAGACCCAGCCAGUUCGGGAGCCCAGCGCACCCAAGCUGGAGGGCCAGAUGGGAGAAGAUGGAAACUCCAUUAAAGUGAACCUCAUCAAGCAGGACGACGGAGGCUCCCCAAUCAGACACUACCUGAUCAAGUACAAAGCUAAGCAUUCCUCCGAAUGGAAGCCAGAGAUCCGGCUCCCCUCCGGCAGCGACCACGUCAUGCUCAAGUCCCUCGACUGGAACGCAGAGUACGAGGUCUACGUGGUCGCAGAGAACCAGCAAGGGAAGUCCAAGGCCGCACACUAUGCUUUCAAGACCUCCGCUCAACCGACUGUCAUCCCAGCCAGCAGCAGCCCCACAUCAGGCCUGGGGACUGCUGCGAUCGUGGGCAUCCUCAUCGUCAUCUUCGUGCUGCUCCUGGUGGCUGUGGAUGUCACCUGCUACUUCCUGAACAAGUGUGGCCUGGUGAUGUGCAUCGCGGUCAACCUGUGCGGCAAGUCUGGCCCUGGAGCCAAGGGCAAAGACAUGGAGGAGGGCAAAGCCGCCUUCUCGAAAGACGAGUCCAAGGAGCCCAUUGUGGAGGUGCGGACCGAGGAAGAGCGGACCCCCAACCACGACGGGGGCAAACACACGGAGCCCAAUGAGACCACCCCGCUGACAGAACCAGAGCACCCAGCCGACACCGCAGCUACUGUUGAGGACAUGCUGCCUUCUGUCACCACGGUCACUACUAACUCUGACACUAUCACCGAAACCUUUGCCACUGCUCAGAACAGCCCCACCAGCGAGACCACUACUCUGACUUCCAGUAUUGCCCUUCCAGCCACAGCCAUCCCCGACUCCAACUCCAUGUCUCCCAGCCAGGCCACUCCAGCCAAGGGGGCGGCCGCCUCGGCUUCCUCGCCACCACCCACCUCAGCCCCCAAAGUUGCCCCCCUCGUUGACCUAAGCGACACCCCAACUUCUACUCCAGCCACUAAUAAUUUGUCUUCGAGUGUCCUGGCCAGCCAAGGGGCCGUGCUCAGCCCCAGCACUGUCACCAACAUGUCCGAGGCCUCCAAGGCUGCAGCCAGUAGCAAGCCUCCCACCCCAGCCCCUGCAAACCUUGCUAGCCCUCCAGCUUCUUCAGAGCCCAAGCAGGAGGCAGCCAGCACCAAAAGCCCAGAGAAGGAAGCCGUGCAGCCCAGCACAGUGAAGAGCCCAACAGAGACAGCCAAGAACCCGCCCAACCUGAAGAGCGAGGCUGCCUCAGGCAGCACCACAAACCCCUCCCAGAAUGAGGACUUUAAAAUGGACGAAGGGAGCUUCAAGACCCCAGACAUUGACCUUGCAAAGGAUGUUUUUGCAGCUCUCGGCACGGCUACUCCUGCCAGUGUGGCUAGCGGGCAAGCUCGCGAGCUUGCUUCUUCCACUGCAGACAGCUCUGUACCGCCUGCGCCUGCAAAGACCGAGAAAACCCCUGUAGAAGAAAAAUCCGAAGUGCAAGCAACAGAAACAAAGACACCUCCAGCAGAAGUCAAGACGGUCCCCAACGAAGCCACACAAACAAAUGAGAACGAGAGCAAAGCAUGAUCGGCGAGAGGAAAGUAACAAAUGACAGAACAACUUCACCUGAGCAUUUAAACACAAACCACAAUACACAUCUCAUUCCUCUAGUGUCUUUUGCCUUUUUUUAAGAAAAAACAACAGACAAACAAAACAGAAAAUGCAUAAAUGGGGGAAUCUCUUUUUUAUUUUAUUUUAUUUUUUUUGUAGGUUUGUAGAAAAGUUCUAUUUGUUGUGCACUUGCUUUUAAGGAGAAAAAAAAGAAUUAUGUUUUAAAAAAGAAAAAAAGGUUAAAGGUUUAAACCCACAACCAAAUCGGGGCUCAGCUGGCCCUGCACAUAGUUGAGCAAACAAAGUUACAGAUACCAAUUGCAAACUGGUUAGGAAGCUCAAAACCAAGUAGAUUCAGGAGGGGAGAAAUUCCCCGUCCUUUCUGUUCGUCUAACAGAUGAGACGGCUGUUCUGUCACGUGCAGCUGGUACUGAAUGAACAAAGUCCACAAUUUAUUUUUAUACUUUUCAGUCGAGUUUGAAAUAUGUAAAUCCUCAUGAGUAAGUUAUAAUUUCUGUUCACUUUGUAUUUGUUCAGUAUGCAAAGUGUCUCUUGCCCUUUGUGACUGAAUCCUGUUCUCCAACUUAAGCGUUUAUUUGGGUUGUUGUUGUUACGUUAGGAAGAAUGCCAAAAUUGCAGCUUCGGGGAUAUAUUUCAAUUUGCAGUAUUCAGACUUCUACAUUUCUUUCAUUUUAAUUUUCUUUUUUCUUUUUUUUUUUUUUUGCCAACUUUUGUUCUUUCCAGUGUUUACAAUUGACAGAUAUUUUUUUUUAACUUUUGUUGUGUUUAAAUGUACGUGUAAAAUAGCUGCCUUUUUUUUUAAAGUAAAUACACUAUAGAUACUAGGUUAGUAGCAUGCUUGCUUUGCAAAGGGAGACAGUUUUAAAUAUGGAUGUUUACAGUAGUUGUUUCCCCUUUAUCAUUUUUUAAUAAUUAUUAUUAUUAUUAUUAUUUCUUACUGGAGUAAGAAGAACAGUAAUGCCAUUUGAUUUUACUUUCUGUGGGUGUCCCACUUCCCACCAAAUUAAGGCACUUACCUAGCAUUGCCUUUGCUCAUGCUUAUCUUUAAGCAUAGGAGUUGUUAAGAACAGAGGUGCUUAAAGCCAAUCGUGAGCUUAAGGCCUUUGCUAGGCUGGGGCCUGACUGCAUAAGAGAAAUAUAAUCUCUGCUUUUCUAAGACAUUCUCCCCUGUUCCUUCCUCGGUACCCUCCCAAAGCUUUGACAAGCACAAGGGAGGUUGUACAGUCAGGGCUGGUCUGGUUUCAGUGAAUGCUGUUUGAACAUCUCAAUCCCCCCCCCCCCCCCCCCUUUGAAAAACGAUAAAUAAUUCUUACUUUCUUUUAGCCUAGAAAGCUAGAUCUAAAAGGAAAGAGUUUAUGCACUUCAGGAAAUGAAUGUCGUCAUUUGAGGGGUGAUAGCGCUAUAACCGACGGGAAAGCUCCCGUGGACUUCGGUGGCCUUUGGAGCCCGUCUCCUGAAGGAGGCGGAAAGAGGUACACGGGUUGUGCGGAGGGGCACAGUCCAUCCCAAAGCAGCACGAGCGACGACUGCUGUUGAGGACCGCUCCGCACAGAUUGCCGGGCGCGGUGGAGGGUGCGGGGCCGGGCACCGGGCGGGAGGAAAGUGGGGGUGCGCGGAGGGAGACCAGCCCUUUGUAUAGAAACGCUCCUCUUUGAUUCUUUUUUAUCGUUUGUUUGUUUCGUUUCGGUUUUUUGUUUGGGGCUUUGAUUUGACUUUAUUUUUUUUUUUCUUCCCCGGUUGGUUUUUCCUUUUCUUUUCCCAUUCUACUUUAGAUCUACAAGCUUGUGCACUGUGGGUGCGUGACUAUUUUAGUGUGAAACGUGUUUUUUGUCAUAGUAUUGAAAUAAUGAAAAUAAAAUUAAAAAAAAAAAAACUUCAACAUAGUUUGGAUGUGGAAGGUGUAGCGGAUAGUUCAGAUGAAAGGAAAAAAAUUUAUUCAGGAAAACAAAUAAAUAAAGAGAAUAACUCUUAUGAGGAGCAGAAGCCUUUAAACGAGAAUAAAAACGAACAAGCAAA